CCCCUUGCAGAAAAGCCACAGCUGGAUCAAAAGCUUUGCUGCGUUCAACGUUUCCCACCUGGCUUGGGUCCCGGAGGCAGCCCACAUCUGGAACAAUGCAUACAUUGCUUGCCGUCUGCCUCUUGGCCGCUGUCGUAGACCUGGGACUGUCUUUGACUUGUGAGAUUUGUGGAGGUAUUGGGAAUACCUGCAAUGGGUCCUUAGAAUUUUGCCCGCCGGGGGAAGACAAAUGUGGCAUCGUUCUGCUAGAGGGCACAGGAGAGCUGCAGUUGAGGAGCAUUGCAAAAACGUGCGUCCCGUUGAAUUCCUGUGACGAACCCUUCACUUCUGUUAGCAUAGGCAAGGCCGGAGGAGCAAGGACCUAUCUUACCUGUUGCACGGGGGACGAGUGCCGGAAUAUCACUCCCACAUUGCCACCCCUGAACACCACAGCUAAUGGGAAAACAUGUCCUGCUUGCUACUCCAUGAACAGCCUUGCAUGUGAGGAGGAGAUCAUCAAAUGUACUGGAGACCAAUUCUACUGCCUUAAGAAAUCUGGGAGUAUAACCCUUGGUGGAAGAAAAGUUCCAGUCAUCAUAAAGGGAUGUGCAAACAACGCAUACUGCAACAACAUACAGGAGCAUCCCUUCUUUGACGGGAUCCAUAAUGUCAUAACAGCAAAUUGCACACUGACCUCUGGGAUUGCCGGUAUUGUUCCAGGACCGUUUGUACUCUUCCCCCAGAUUCUUGUUGGGCUUUUGAUUUGCCAAAGCACUGGAAUGAUUUCCUAG